CAACAGCCUGGAGAUCUCACCAAAAAUAACACAAACUCCGACAGGAUACUCAGGCCCAUGUGCUUCGUGAAGCAGCUGGAGAUCCCUCAGUAUGGCAGCUACAGACCCAAUAUGGUUCCUGCGACGCCAAGAGCCAAUCUAGCCAAGGAACUGGAAAAGUACUCCAAGGUUACCUUCGAUUAUGCAAGUUUCGACGCUCAGGUUUUCGGCAAACGCCUGAUUGCCCCAAAGAUUCAGACAAGCGAAAACUCACCCAAAGCCUUUAAAUCUAAACCAUACCCAAAGGCCUCAUCCCCCAACCACAGCCCAUCCAGCAGUUAUGUUAAAAGCACUUCCUCUUCUUCCUCUGGUUUUGACUACACCCAUGAUGCAGAGGCUGCUCACAUGGCAGCAACAGCUAUCUUGAACCUUUCCACCCGGUGCUGGGAGAUGCCAGAGAAUCUUAGCACGAAACAGCAGGACCUGCCAAACAAAUCAAUGGACAUUGAAGUAGAUGAAAACGGCACUUUGGAUUUAAGCAUGAACAAACACCGGAAACGGGAGAGCACAUUCCCCAGUAGCAGCAGUUGCAGUAGCAGUCCCAGCAUGAAAUCCCCGGAACAGUCACAACGCCAAAACUGCACAAGUGCCACCAGCAGCAACAUGACGUCACCCCAGUCCAGCCAGACUUCCCGACAGGAUGACUGGGAUGGGCCCAUCGACUACACUAAGCCAAAUCGCCAGCGAGAAGAAGAGCCAGAAGAAGUAGGUUGCGGAGGACAUGUUCCUUCAACCCUGUCUGGUGAUGCAGAGUUUCUAAUUAACUUAAAAAAAGUAAAACUUAAUUAUAAAAUCUUCCUUUAA